GAUCACAUGAUGGCAGAUCGAAUUAUGAAGAAAUUGCCUGAAGAUGUCCUUGUUUAUAUACUUUUGAGGCUAUCAGUGAAAUUUCUCUUGCGAUUCAAAUGCGUCUCUAGAACUUGUUACACUAUCAUACAAUCUUCUGGUUUUGUUAAUCUUCAUCUUAACCGCACCACUACUUCGAAUGAUGAAAACAUUCUCUUCAAGCGCUCCUACAAAAAUGACAUUAACAAAUAUAAAGCUAUCUUUUCUUUUCUUUCUAGUGAUGGUGAUGAUUAUCUCAACUGUAUUUUUCCAGAUGUAGACGUGCCUUAUAUAACAUCCCCAUACAUUAUUGACUAUGACCAAGUCAUUGGACCUUUCCAAGGUCUGAUUGCACUAAUGGAUGCAGUUAUUACCAUCUUAUUCAAUCCGUCUACCAGAAAUUAUAGGCUGCUCCCAACUAGCCCUUUUAACGCUCCUAAGGGAUUCCGUCGAUCCAUUGAAUGCGCCGGGUUUGGUUUUGAUUGUGUUGUUAAUGACUACAAGGCUGUUAGAAUAUAUGAUAUUUACAACGACGAUCGUUAUGGGUAUGCCGAACACGGAGAGAGAAAAGUUGAGAUUUAUGAAUUGGGUAUUGAUAUUUGGAGAGAAUUAGAACAUGUGAAUCUACAGUUGCCCAGGUUGUUUUGGUUGAAUUCUUCGAUGUUUUAUAAUGGAGCUUAUCACUGGAUUGCAACUUCAGAAGGCCGACUUGUAAUUCUUUGUUUUGACUUGAGCACCGAAAUUUUUCGGAUUAUAAAGACGCCAAAUAUUCGUCGUUGUUCCAAUGGAACACGUUAUAGCUUUAUCCUCUUGAAUGGGUCUAUAGGCUUGAUAUGUUACCCCUGUUUAGGUCCCAUGGUUGAUCCAAUGAUAAAUUUGAUAGACAUUUGGAUACUGAAAAAUUAUAAUGUUAAUGAGUCUUGGGGAAAGAAGUAUACAAUUAGAUGUCUUCCUAUUGAAUCUCCAUUGGCAGUGUGGAAGGAUUAUUUAUUGCUUUAUCAAAGUAAAAAUGGGCAUUUUAUGUCAUAUGAUCUUAACUCUGAUGAAGUCGUGGAAUUGAAUCUACACGGUUGUCCAAAGAGUAUGAGAGUUAUAGUUUACCAAGACAGUUUGACUCCAAUUCCUAGAGGAAGCACAUGCAGUACACAAGUUCAUAAAUUUUAG